AUGGCAAGAGCUAGGGUAAAACUUGCUAGAAUUCUUAAUGAAAGCAAGAGACAAGCUACCCUCAAGAAACGAAAGGAAGCUUUGAUCAAGAAGCUGCAAACAAUUUGCAUGGAGUGUCGGGCGGAAUCAUGCAUGAUGAUCUGUGAUGGUCCAAAUGAUCUAGGAACAAACGACUCAAUGGUAUGGCCAUCAAGGCAAGAGGCUGCAAUAAUGAUAUCUAGAUUCCUGAGUUUACCUGAGCAUCAAAGAAGCAAGAAGAUGAUCACUCAUGAGAAGUUUCUUGAGAGUAUAUUGGUACGAGAGAACAACAAGCUACAAGCAUUGAAGAGAAAGAAUGACCAAAUGGAGAUGGAAGAUAUCUUGCACAAACUCCUAAUUGAGUCUGCCUCUGUUAAAUUAGAGAGUGAGAAAUUGACUCAAACAUAUUUUUAUAUAGAAGAUUUGAUCCAAAAGAUUGAAAGCAAAGAAAGUUCUUCCCAAAAUGUCGGUUUUCCUUAA